AUGGCAUUAAUAGUAUAUGUUGAUGAUGUACUGUUAGCCAGUAAUAGUUUACAAGAUAUUGAUCUGUUAAAGAAAUUUCUGGAUGAUCAAUUUACAAUUAAAGAUUUGGGGCCAUUGAAAUAUUUUCUUGGACUAGAGGUAGCAAGAUCUCACACUGGGAUCUCUCUUUGCCAACGAAAAUAUGCACUAGACAUACUACAAGAUACUGGCCUCAUUGGUUCCAAACCUGCAGCAUUUCCUAUGGAAUCAAAUCUUAAACUAACUAUUGAUGAUUCAGAACCAUAUGAAGAUCCUUCGGCUUAUAGAAAACUGGUUGGCAGAUUGCUAUACUUAACAAUUACCAGACCAGAUCUUGCCUAUUCUGUCCAAGUUUUGAGCCAAUUUUUGGCAAAACCGACAGUUAAUCACCACAAAGCAGCAGUGAGGGUCCUCAGAUACUUAAAGGCUACUCCUGGACAAGGUUUAUUUUUUCCUUCAACUUCAGAACUUCAGUUGAAAGCUUUCUCAGAUAGUGACUGGGCAGGCUGCAUUGAUAGCAAGAAAAGCAUAACUGGUUUUGCAGUCUUCUUAGGAAAUUCUCUAAUCUCAUGGAAGUCUAAAAAGCAGGCCACCAUUAGUCGAUCCUCUGCUGAAGCAGAGUACAGAGCUCUUGCAACUACAACUUGUGAGAUACAAUGGUUAAUCUAUGCACUACAAGACUUACAAAUUGAUCACUCUCAGCCAACACUCUUGUAUACAGACAGCAAAUCUGCUAUGGCCAUUGCCACAAACCCAGUACAACAUGAGAGAACCAAGCACAUACAAAUUGAUUGCCAUUUAGUUCGAGAGAAGCUGCAGGAAAAGCUCAUCAAGUUAUUUUAUAUUCCCUCUCGGCUACAGUUGGCAGACAUACUUACAAAGCCACUUGGAUCAUUGCCUUUUCACCAUGUCCUUCGCAAGAUGAACAUUCUUAACAUUCAUGUUCACCUUGAGGGGGGGUGUUGGAGUCUUGCAUUACAUAUGAUAAUAUGGAAUUAA